GUCACAGUGGGAGUGUUCCAUCAGGAGACAUGACCCGUCUUCAGCGCGGUGAGCAGCGGUCCUGUGGUUGCUUGCACUGAGUCGAGGCAGCCUGAGAGGGCUGAUGACGAGCAUGACUUUGAGCCAGUCUGCAGACGCACGCGCCCUCACACGCACGAACUGAGUGACAGCGCUCGGCUUUGACACGCCUCAUAGAGGGUGUUCCCAUAACACUGCCCCCCAUCCCAUCCUCACCACCCUCCCCUUCCGCAGCCCAUGCGAGACUGUCUUCCAAAGUACCUUGGGGCACUCCCAGAUGGAUCACAGUAGCAAUGAGCAGAACCAUGAGGAGCUGGACCCGGGAGGCAGAGGAGCGCCGCAGAGCCGCAGGGCCUCCGAGCCAGAACACGGUCUGUCAAAAAUGACCCACAGUGCCUUGGAGAACAUGGGUGCGCUGGGGCAGGGCCUGAGGCAGCUCUUCCAGCACCAGCGGAGGCGCUCGUCAGUCUCACCCCAUGGCACAGCCCUCAGCUCCGCCUCCUUUGCAAGUGGCCCCGCCCCCGAGUCCCAAGAGGCGGGGCCCCUCCCUGUGGAUCCACCCACGGUCCUCCUUGACACUGACCCCUCCACUUCCACCCACCCCGCAGCUCUGAACCGGGUGCUGCAGCAGAUCCGAGGCGCCCCCACAAUGAAGCGAGGGACCAGCCUGCAGAGCCGCCGCAGCAAGGCAACCGGGGACCCCCCAAAGGGCAGUCCCCAGAUCCACCGGCGGAGCACCCAGGAGGCCCUGCUGCUGGCAGGCCGCCCACGCUCCUCGUCCACCACCGACACGCCCAGCAGCCCCAGCCUGGCCGAGGUACCGCAGAUGGGCGUGCACCCCAGCACAGAUGAGCCAGAGCGGAUCGAGCGACUUGAGGUCAGUGGCCUGGCACAGACGCCAAAUGCGGUCGCUUGCAGUACCGAUGGCGCCUACCCCGUGGAGGACAGCACCCCGGACCCCCAGCGAACCAAACAGGCCAUCACCCAGCUGCAGCAGAAGAUCCUCAAGCUGACAGAGCAGAUAAAGAUUGAGCAAACGGCGCGCGACGACAACGUGGCCGAGUAUCUGAAGCUGGCCAACAAUGCCGACAAGCAGCAAAGCGCUCGCAUCAAGCAGGUGUUCGAAAAGAAGAAUCAGAAGUCGGCACAGACCAUCCAGCAACUGCAGAGGAAGUUGGAGCACUACCACCGCAAGCUGAGGGAGGUGGAGCAAAAUGGCAUCCCGCGACAGCCCAAGGAUGUUCUCCGGGACAUGCACCAGGGUCUCAAGGACGUCGGAGCGAAGGUGACGGGCUUCAGCGAAGGCGUGGUGGACAGUGUGAAAGGUGGCCUCUCCAGCUUCUCCCAGGCCACGCACUCUGCUGCGGGGGCCGUGGUGUCUAAGCCCAGAGAAAUCGCCUCGCUCAUCCGCAACAAGUUCGGCAGCGCGGACAACAUCCCCGGGCUCAAAGACUCCUUGGACGAGACCCAGGGCGAGGAGGGCGCCAGGCCCCUCGGCAGCCAGCUGCAGUCCAGCCCCAAGUUUGGCAGUGAAGAUGACUGCUCGAGCGCCACCUCUGGCUCCGCAGGGGCCAACAGCAUGACUGGAGCCCCAGGGGGCCCCCCCAGCUCCAAGACCAACACUCUGGACAACAUGCAGAGCUCAGGCUUUGAUGCACUUUUGCACGAGAUCCAGGAGAUCCGUGACGUGCAGACUCGGCUGGAGGAGUCCUUUGAGAACCUCAAAACUCACUACCAGAGAGAUUACACUUUAAUCAUUCAGGCCCUGCAGGAGGAGCGCUUCAGGUGUGAGCGCCUGGAGGAGCAGUUGAAUGACCUGACGGAGCUGCACCAGAAUGAGAUCAUGAAUCUGAAGCAGGAGCUGGCCAGCAUGGAGGAGAAGAUCGCCUACCAGUCGUACGAACGGGCUCGGGACACCCAGGAGGCGCUGGAGGCCUGCCAGACACGCAUCUCCAAGAUGGAGCUGCAGCAGCAGCAGCAGCAGGUGGUGCAGCUGGAGGGCUUGGAGAACGCGACGGCGCGCACCCUGCUGGGAAAGCUCAUCAACGUGCUGUUGGCCGUCAUGGCCGUACUGCUGGUGUUCGUCUCCACGGUGGCCAACUGCGUGGUCCCCCUCAUGAAGACACGCAACCGAACUUUCAGCACGUUCUUCCUGGUUAUCGUGCUCGCUUUCCUCUGGAAGAACUGGGAGGCCAUCUCGGAGUACAUGGACCGCUUCCUGCAGCCCCCCAGAUGACCGCCCCGCCACCCUGACACUGGGAUGUGGAGGGCAGGGGAGGUUAGGUUUCGAACCGCACGGCCACCGACGCAGUCUUUUUGACAGCUGAAGGAAGUGGACACGGUGCAGAGGGACAGGCAUGUCUCUGGCAAAGAGACAAGAGAGGAGAACGAUGUAGAGAGGAUUUUUUUUUUUUCCCUUUUCUAAGAAAGGAGUGGAUUUGUUUACAUUUUCAAUUCCCCCCCCCCUCGCUGAACAUCUUGUAACAUGGUUCUUUUAUUUUUAGAAGUUAUGUUUUAUUAUUCUUGUUCUGGGUGGUGUUGUUGUUAUUUUAUUAUAUUUUAAUUUUGUUGCAUUACAUGUAGCAUUAAGCUGUUUGUUCCACAGAGAUGUGCACGUGGGGCACGAGAGCCCUGUGCUCUGCAUCACUGCACCUCCCUGGGCUGCUCUUCCAUGGCCCCCGCGUGUUUCUGCUCUAGGUGGGAUGUGCAUGUUGCCCUGACAACGGGUGUCAACAGCAAUUGGCCCGUUGCUACAGAAAAAAUAAGCACAUUCCGCUGUUUUUUAAAACAUUUUUUCCUGCUACCAUUGGGCAUGGAUCUGAGUGGCUGUGAUUGAAGGAUGAUGUAUGAAAGCAGUGGGUGAUGGAAUGAAAUGCCUGAAAUUGAGACUGAUUUUUUUUGGACAAACCCACCUCAAGAGCGUUUCUGACGAACGCCUUCCAGUUUGUACAGGGACAGAUUUCCUUUCAAGACUCCGCUCUAUUUUCCCAUGGGCAAAAAAGACGGAAAAAGACAAACUGAUGAACAUACUUGAAGAGCAGAAAGCUCAAAGACUCAGUGCUUCCGGACUGUUUUAGUAACCGUGAAAUAGUUGUUUUAUUCUUUUUUUUUUAAGAAAAAAAUUUUAAAUUAAAAAUAAGUGAAUAAUUUAUAGUGUGAAAGACCAUCUUUAGGGGGCGAGAAGGAGGAAGUAAGCUGCCUGUUUAUGCCCGGGCCAUCAGAAAGAGGCUGCUUCUCACCUCGAUUUCAGGGGGAUAAUCCUGCACAAGGUCUGGGUGCAGCCUUUUCCCUCCGUUGCCAUGGGGACUGCUGUCCCCUACAGUCUUUGCUGCCUGUCACCGCGGCGUGCUGCUCCAGACCCCACCAGUCCACCCUUGACCGCUGAUGUCAGUCAUCAUUUCCCAGCCAUCGAAAACGAUGGUUCAUGUGAAGGAUUUGAAAAGGCCCAGUAGGGGCUCAGAGCUGCUGAUGUACUGGCACAGCGAAGAGAGAACGUGCACUGGUGUGGUUCUGUGGCUGAGAUAGCACUGCAUUGUCAUAACUUAGGUUGUGGGAGAUGAGUGGGGCGGAACUUUUUUUUUUUAAAAGUUGAAUUGGCUGUGACCCGUUCGCAUUCUGUGGCUGUAAAGUUGCCUGGGACGCGAGCGCCAGUGAUUCUCGACAGACGUGGGCCGUUAUGCGCUCCGCCUGCAUCUCUGCGCUCCAUCAUCCAUGUGGGUCCGUGUCUGACGACAGGAUGGAUGCCAAGCGCUGCCCCAGUAGGGGACACGUUUCCACGUGCACUUGACUAGCAUGUGCAGAGCAGUCACUGCGGUCGCAUGUAACAACCAGCAGAUCACACCAAAGGCUAGCAGUGGCUCAGAGAGUUACUGACUCCCUGUUUCAUUUUCUACGCCAAAAGUUGCACAUGGGAAGGUUCCGCCCCGAGUGCUGGCAAUAUUGCUCAGCAGCGGCCAACGUGAUGUGAUUAUUAGCGGUUUAUUCAUGACUCAUUUUGACGAAGAAACCUCAUUGUCUACAAGACUAACCACAACAGGUAAAAAGCUCAGCAGAUGCAGUUGUACCGUCUCCCGGGAGACAGCGCUGGUCGGGGACAGCUGGAUGGGCCCCCCUUGACAGCUUCCUGCCCCCACCCUUCCUUUUUUGUACUAAACAAACAGAGCAAGUCCAUCCCCUGCCACCAUCACGCCUGGAGUGACCCUCCAUGACCUCCUCUCGACCUUGCGGUGUGGACAUGACCUGAGCUUUGUCCUGCGUUGUUGGGAGGGGACACCUUUUUUGUCCAGGUCAGACAGCUGCUGCCUCAUUAAGAGUGGCAGAAAAACAGAUUUUAAAAGAUGAUAUAAAAGCUAACGUAUUAAAUUCUUUGCUUUUAAGGAUCUUUUAUGCCAACCCCUUUUAACCAUUUAACUGACCUGCUCAGAGGAGUUUGAAUCCUCCCUCCGACCUGUGAAAUGAAUGCCAAACGCAGUUCCGUUUCCAUGCCAACGCUGCCCUUUCUGGUGGUCCAGGUGAACGGACUCUUUGAGCAACGUGCAUUUGACCGCACCGUUGCCCCAGUGUGUCGGACUGGGGGUGGGUGGGGAAGUUGGGGGACAUUCAGUGCCUUUUGUUCUGUCUUUUCUAAUUGUGUGAAUAAUAAAGUGAAGCAUUCCUGAUUUAUGUUGAGACAGUAUCU